UGUGGGCGUUUAUGAACGUCAUGGCGGCUCAUGCUAGCGAGCUUGAGAUUGCAAAGAAGAAUUUAACGGAUGCAAUUGGCGAUAAUGUCAAACAUUACUGGGCAAACCUGAAGCUGUGGUUCAAACAAAAGAUCAGCAAGGAAGAGUUUGACAUUGAGGCGCGUAGGCUGUUGGCACAGGAGAAUGUCCAUGUUCACAAUGAUUUUCUCCUGGCUAUUCUUACACGGUGCCAGAUCAUUGUCUCCACACCAGAGGGUGCAGGGUCAUUGCAGUGGCAAGGUAGCUGUGCUUCAAAGCCCGGCAAACCGAAGGGGAAUAAGAAAUGUUCCUCUAGGCAAAAAUUCGACCAUCGUUUCCAGCCUCAGAAUCCUCUGAGCGCCGCCCAGCCAUUCAGCCCGAGGGAGGGGGGAAGUGAGGAGGAAGAGCUGCGUCUCAGCGCCCACACUCUGCUGCUGCCCACACGGGGCCAACUGGAGGCUCGCAUGAUGGUGACCGCCUUUGAGGUGGGCUUGGAUAACGUCACAGAAGAUGCCAUCAGCACCAUGAUCUAUGCCGUUGAGCACCACUUGAAAGAUGUCCUGACUGCCGUAAUCAUGCGGAGGAAGGCGUAUCGAUUACGAGACAGCCGUUUCCCCUACGCCUUUGGCAAUGACGUCACGCCUCAACCCUAUCUGAAAAACAGCCUUGCUGCUUACCACAGUGUUGCUGAUUGUCCGCCACAGAGUGCUUCCCUCCCUGCAGGCCCACCACCACAGGUGUCACCCGAUGAGGCUGAGCAGCAAGCUGUUCAUUUGCUGGCUUGUUCUGCUGACAGUCUUCCUGCACCUCUCCCUCCAAUCAGCAUGUUUGAUCUCCUCGAGGCUUUACAGGUUCACCACGGCGUGAUGCCCUCCCACACCAUGUACGCCCUCAACAUGGAACGCGUCCUGUCACGGCUUUGGCACCCCAGCCAUGAAGAACUAGAGCAGGACCACGUCCACCGGCAGCGCAUAGCUGCUAAAGAGGGCGUGCUCGUCAGCUGAGAGCCCCCGGCCACAGGACUGUGCACAGACUAUGGGGGUUAUCAGGAACCAAACACAGGAACGACCCCCAGAUAGAUAUAAUUUAGGAACUCAACUCUGUGUUUGAGAACUUAAAGCUGUUUAGAACCUGGAAAAAUUUGUGUUGCACAGAAAGACGGAAGACAAGUAAGAUCAAAAGAAGCUGUUGGAUGAGACCAGAGCAGGCAGUCGGCUCCAGUAAUCAACUCCACCAGUCGCUUCUGGCAGACAACCGUCAUUUUGUAACUUCAGUUCCAUAGUAGAAUAUAGUGUUUAAUUUUAUGUACACUGUCUGGGGAUCCAGUGCAGGAUGCAGUUGUGGAGUUUGUGGAUAAGAUGCCUUAACAGACUAAACCCUGUCUGAGUUGCCUCGAGUUUGUCUUUGCUCACGUUGUCAGAUACGCAUCAAAACAUCCUGUAAAGAUACAGAAAAGCACAUAUCUAAUCCUCAAGUGUUGUGUAAAUAACCAGUUCACAACAUGACAUACGGCACGUAUAAAAGAUUACAAGCAUUUAAAUGGUCAUAAAAGUCCUGGACAGAAUAUGCAGGUGUAUUCAUUUAAUGGCUGAUUAAGUCUUGUGUCAGGCUGAAGUUGAGGGAAUCUAUGAGGAGCUUAUCUAAACCAAUGUACCAAGACUCAAGUUAAACAUAGAAACAGUCCUGUCAUAACAGGUAGGGCCAGGGUGUAUCAAGCAGUGAGUGAAAGCACCUGUGUGGGUUUACAGUCUGUGUGUAGGGUCUUUAAACUGCCAGACAGCUGCCUCCUCCAAUCAUUUACCAGCUGGUAAAUGAUUGGGCAUGAACAUGUAUCCAAUCAUUUACCAGCUUCUGGUGUCACUGUUGGGCUAAAGAGUCUGUUUUUUGUUUUAUUUUGUUUCAAUUUCUUUCCAAGUAAUCUAACAUGUGCCCCUCUGUUCAGGUUAAAUGUAUAAAGUGUAUACAUUUGUACUUUUUUUCUUCUACAGAAACGUAUUUAUAUUACAGACAGUUAUUACAGUUGAGAAAAUAAAUAAAAAAAUAAGCCUCCUCCUCUUUA